AUGGUCAGCCCUGGUAUUAAGGCAGGCCGCCAGAGGAAGACCGUAGAGGAGGACAAACAGCCGGCUGAGGUCUUCUGUGUUCGUUUCUCGCCUGAUGACACCCUUAUGGCCGCUUCUACCAGUGACGGUCUUAUCAAAAUCUAUAAUUGUCGUGAUGGCAAGGAGGCUUACACGUUACAGUCACGUCGUACAGGUGAUAUAAUCCAACCGGUUACACAGAUCCGUUGGCGCCCCAUGGGGGCCUCAGUAAAGUCUCAGAACGUUUUAGUCAGUGUGAAUGCUGCUGGAGUGGUGUCACACUGGCACGUCGCGACCGGCGCAUGCAUACAUGAGGUCACUGAGGAAGGAAAUCAAUUGUUCUGCGUGGACUAUGCCGCUGAUGGCAGUCAGUUCGCCACAGCUGGAAGGGAAAGGGGAGUCUCCGUGUAUGAUGAGAACACCAAGGCGUUGAUCACGACUCUCAAGGGUGGAGAUAGUUUGCAUACUCCUGGUCAUUCUAAUAGAGUCUUCAGCCUCAAGUACCAUCCGAAGGAGGACCCAAAUGUCAUAGUUACUGGUGGUUGGGACAAUACGGUGCAGUUCUGGGACGUUAGAAUGGGGCAUAGUGUGCGCUCGAUAUAUGGUCCUCACAUCUGUGGCGACAGCGUUGACAUCACCAAUGAUGGGAAACGCAUCCUCACGGGUAGUUGGAGGAUCGACAAGCAACUGCAGAUCUGGGAUUAUGCUGAGGGAAAACUUAUUGAGGACAUUCCUUGGACGAGCGAAGGCGCCGUAACCAAACCGUGUAUGGUGUAUGCAGCACAGUUCAACAAAGGUCGUCGAUCUGGGGAGUUCAUCUGUGCUGGUGGAAGCGGCUCUAACGAGGCUAAGGUCAUGCAUAACCACAAGAGUUCCGACGACCAGCCUGGUGACUGGACAACUCUGGGCACACUCACAGGUGUGGAUAAAGGAUGCUUCACAGUUGACUUCACCUCUGGCAAGCCGAAGGAGGCGGAGUUGGUAGCUGUAGGCGGUGGCGAUGGCGUUGUUAGAGUCAUGGAGAUCGGCUAUCGAGAAAGCGAAGAAGAGGAAGAAGAAGACUAG